AUGGCGGUAAAAUGUGGUAUGGUGUUUCUUACUAUUACUCUUUUAGCAGCUCAUCUGGCGGCGGCUGCAAGAGUUCUUACCUCCGGCGACAAUGUCGGCUUCACUGACCAGAAGAACUUCGGGAGUUACGGUGGCCUCGGAGGAUUCUCCGGCCUCGGCGGCAACGGCCUUCCGUUCGGCGGCGUUGGCGCCGGCGGCGGCUUGGGCGGUGGUGCCGGCGGAGGCUUGGGCGGUGGUGCCGGCGGCGGACUCGGCGGGAAUGGGCUCGGCGGCUUCGGCGCUUUUCCCGGCGGCCUUGGCGGCUUGGGAGGAAACAUCGGCGGCGGCAUCGGCGGCUUGGGAGGAAAUAUUGGCGGCGGAGUCGGUGGCGGUGGUGGCGUUGGUGGCGGCGCUGGGGGUGGAGCUGGCGGCGGUGCGGGAGUGGGCGGUGGUGCCGGCGGCGGCGCGGGUUCCGGCGCGCUGCCGUACCCUUGA